AUGGACAUCGGCUCUUUCGGACUAAAGGAGUCCCUCGUAUCGGUUUACCGCACGAGAGGUGUCAAUCAGCUGUACCAAUGGCAAAGCGAGUGCCUCUCCCUCCCUGGCAUUCUCGAUGGCCAUCGUAACCUCAUCUACUGUGCUCCAACCAGUGGUGGCAAGACAUUGGUAUCCGAGAUCGUCAUGCUGCGCCGACUCGCUGGUGAUGGUCGCCGAGCGUUAUUCGUCCUACCCUACAUCAGUGUAGUCUCAGAGAAGGAAGCCUACCUCCAGAGUCUUUGCCGAUCUGCUCAAUACAAGGUCCAGGCUUUCUAUGGUGGUUCCUCUGGCAACUUCCUGGCGAUGGAACGGUACGACAUUGCAGUUUGCACUAUUGAGAAGGCCAACAGCUUGGUCAACGCUUUAUUAGAACAGCCAGGAGUCGAUCCUGGCUCGGAGCUUUCUCGGCUCCUCGGUUGCCUCGUAUUGGAUGAGCUUCACCUCCUCGGUGACAGCCAACGAGGGUAUCUAUUAGAGGUCUUGGUAGCCAAAGUACGUUACUUCGCUCCUACAUGCCAGAUAGUCGGCAUGUCCGCAACGCUCCCGAACGUCUCUGAGGUAGCGGCCUGGCUCGAUGCCCGCCUCUACGUCACCGACUUUCGUCCUGUCCCUUUGUACGAGUAUGUGGUCUGCAAGAGAACUGUUUUCACUUGCGAUGAAGAUCGA